UGACGCCAUUUCCGAGGGGCUGAGAUAUAUAAAUGAGCCGGUUGCUGCAGUGCCCCGUCUGGGAUCUUCAGCCAGGGCACUGGCGUAGACACGCACGGUGCUGGUCUCCCGCCGGCACCUCGCCUGGAGCCCCCACGCCAGGGACAGGCUCACCCUCUGCCCCUGUCUCCCUUCCUCCAUCCCGCCAGCACCAUGAGCCGCCCAGGACUGCUCGCCGUCCUGCUGCUGGCCGUGCCGGCCAUCUCCCUUCCCGUGACAAACGACAUGAAUAAAGGGGACACUAAGGUGAUGAAGUGCAUCGUAGAGGUCAUCUCUGAUACUCUAUCAAAGCCAAACCCCCUGCCGAUCAGCGAGGAAUGCCUAGAAACACUCAGAGGAGAUGAACGAAUCAUUUCCAUCCUUCGCCACCAAAAUUUAUUGAAGGAACUUCAGGAAAUUGCGGCUCAAGGUGCCAAUGAGAGAACACAGCAGCAGAAGAAAAACAGUGGCUUCGAAGAUGAACUUUCUGAAGUCCUUGAAAGUCAGAACGACAAGAACAAGCAGAGAGACGCAGCAGGGGAGCACCCUGAAGAGGAGCAGCCGACGGGGUCCCUGCCUGAGCUGGCAGCACAGAAAACCCAGCAAAAUGAAGAUUCAAGAGAGGAAGGAAAAAACAGCCUGGAGGAGAGGGAGCCCAGGCCACGGGAUGCCGACCCUGGAGAGAAGGAGGAUCAGGAGGAAGCGGAGAGCAAUGAGAUUGGGCGGGCAGAGGAUGCCCAGCAAGAUGAAGCUUUAGACAACCACAUCAGCAAAGACUUCAACGAGGACGAGCGGCAGCAGCGAGAGGAUGAAGAGGAGGAGCCCAGAGGCUCCAGGGACAGCCUGGAGCUCGAGGAUGAGGGAGAGCAGCCAUCCAGGCAGGGAGAGGAUCAGAGCAAGGAGGCGGCAGGGGAGCGUGUGGAGCGGGAGGAUGAUGGAGGAGACGAUGCUGUAGAGGAGGACCCUACCGAAGCAGAGAGGUCACUUGAUUUGGCUGAGGAGGAGGAGGCCGAGGAGAUGCAGGGCGAUGACAAUAAUGACGACGCUCUGGGAUUUGGCAAAGAUGAGCAGAGCUCGGAGGAGGAGGAGGAGGAGGAAGAGAAACCCCGGGCACUGAGAGGAGGAAGGCAUCGCCUGGAGGAUGAGGGGAUGCAGGGGGAGAAGGACACUUUCCAGCCCAGGGAUGCCAAAAGUGAGGAGAUGGAGGAGGAGUCCUCCAGGGAGUGGGAAGACUCCAAGAGGUGGAAUAAAAUGGAUGAGCUGGCCAAGCAGCUGACAUCAAAGAAGCGCAUGGAGGAAAAUGACAGUGGGGAAGACCCAGACAGGUCCAUGAAAAUGGUGUUCAGGUCCCGCAAGUAUGACUUCAGUGAUCCAGAGGAAGAUGUGAGAAGAUCAUGGAAGCAUCAUUCGAAAGAGGACAGCAGUGAAGGAGGCUUCCCGCUUGCUCCCAUGCCUGAGGAAAAGAAGGAUGAGGAAGGCAGCGCUAACAGGAGAACGGAGGUUGGUGACCAGGAGCUGGAGAGCCUGGCCGCCAUCGAGGCCGAGCUGGAGCGCGUCGCCCACAAGCUGCACGAGCUGAGGCGAGGCUGAGGGCCUCAGCCCUCCCCGCCCAGGCGACCGCCGCCGCCCUCCUCCCUCCCCACCGCCUCUUCGUUUCCUGAUGUAAAAGCAAUUAAGCCGGAGCAGAAGCAUCCUGCCUAGGAAACCAACCUCGCUAGCGCCCAGGCCUGCCUCCCUCGCCAUCGUGUUGUGCCCAUCACUGCUUCUCCACCUCACGCUCCCCUGUCCCAACAGGGACGCCCACCCGCCCGGCCGGGCGCCGGUGAGCGCGAAGUGCAACCUACACGUGUAUUUUUCUGUCCGGGUGGGGGUUUUUCUCCCUCUUUCUUUUUUUUUUUUAAAAGACAAGACAGCUUUCUAGAAAGUUCUCCUUCCACUGGUAGUUUCACUGGGUUAAAAAAAACCCAAAAACCUGCAAUAACUUGUUAUCUUUUGAUUAAAAGCUGAGAACUCUGACUGUAAUAUAUUCUAUAUAAAAAAAUUUAUCUAAGGAAAAAUAAAACUGCAGUGAGUUCCUUC